AUGGAGGCGAGGCUGCUGGGAGUCACCGUUCUCCUCUGCAUAGUAGAUGUUCUCCACGCCUUUGCAAUCGAAGAGAAAGAUGACAUAUUCAAGCGAAUGGCUUGUCCUGCUUUCCUGCUCUUUGAGAAUGCCGCUUAUUUGGCUGAUAUGACCUUCGAGCUCCCUUGCAACUGCAAGCCAGAAGAGGUCGCUUCUGUAGUCUGGUACUUCCAGAAGGAUGAGGGCAGCCACCAAACCACGGUCCUGACAGACUUUGCUGGCACCAUGGUGGUGGACUCGGGCCAGAUCCACGUGGGCAGUGAUGUGCUGAAGCGUUUCAGUAUCCGCCUGUUCAGUCUCAUCGUUUUCCGGGCCCAGGCUGAGGACUCGGGCCUCUACCUGUGCGGCACAAAGAAAGGGGACUUCUUUUACGGCUAUGACGUGGACGUGCAACCAACCAAGCGCAUCACGGUGGCUUUUAUGGACAGAGGUCAGCACUCUCAAGAGGAUUACACCAAGAAGGUCUUCAGCCUUUUCACCACUUUCUGGGACUGGACCAAAUGUGACCGCUGUGGAGUGAGGGGCGAGCAACGGCGAAUCGGUCUCUGCUACGUGAGGAGCGCCCAGCUGCACCCCCGGUACCGCACCGCCGUGCCCAACGUGACGUCAUGCGGCUCGAAGGCUGUCCCCUCACAUUUCCACCACCCUGGCCGACUCCGGAGGCCGGAGGUGGUCAUCCGAAGCUGCCUGACACCUUGCCCGAAGGAGGAGGUCCCCGAGGAAGGAGUGCGGGCCAUUUCUAACAUCAUUUCAAAGCUUGGCCAAAAGCCCUGGCAGCCUCCCAUCCCCACGCAGCUGCACAAGCACCCCGCUGGAAGCGGGCUGGUCAUUGCCUGCCCAGGGGCCAGACCUGAGCACGCCGUGGCCUGGGACAAAGGCUCUGUUCGGCUCUACCGCUCCCACUACCUCCUCGGCGUCAACAAGAGCAUGCGCAUCUUCAUCGACCACGGCAACCACCUGCACAUCCUCCGCGUCCGGCUCAGCGACAGAGGCACCUACUACUGCUGGCGGGAGGGUAAGCUGGUGGCCGGCUUUCGGCUCAGCGUCAGCUACGAGAGCCAGCACAAGCGGACACUGGACAAUCCCGAGACUACGUAUGCCAUCAAGACCAUCCUCACGAGCUACGUCCUCAUCACCAUCAUCUUCUUCGGUAUCCACCUGUGCCGCUGCUGCAGGCGGCUCUUCCAGUGCCCUCCCAGCACGUAG